CACAGUAGCAGCAGGAUCAGAGAUCUUCUUACCAUGGUGUGGUUGUACACAGCACUUUUACUGACCUUCCUGCUGGGCUAUGGGACCGCUGGGCUGGCCGACAGCAGAGUUUCAGCCUCAGUGUUCCUGGACCGGAAGGAAGCGAGUGAAGUGAUUAGUCGUCAGAAGAGAGCAAAUGCUGGGGAUGAGGAGAAGAAUCUUCCUGCUAAUUUGGAGAGAGAGUGUCUGGAAGAGGUCUGCAGCUAUGAGGAAGCUCGAGAGGUCUAUCAAGAUACCUACCAAACUGAUAUCUUCUGGUCUGUGUACAUUGAUGGAGAUCAGUGUGCAAACCAACCCUGCAAGAAUGGAGCCAUGUGCUCAGACAGUGUCGGAGGUUAUGACUGCAUCUGUAAAUCAGGAUUCACUGGAGUGCACUGUGAGACAGAUCAGACUGUGUGUGUGAUCGAUAAAAACAAGGGAUGCAGUCAGUUCUGUAAGCCUGGCUACCAGUCGUACGAGUGCUCAUGUGCUCGAGGAUGGAAACUGGAAAAGAAAGAGAAGUGUGUACCUGCUGUUACGUUUCCUUGUGGAAAGGUGAGCAGUUUGCGGCAGUGGGACAGCAGACAGUCCAGCAACACCCGCUCAGAGUAUGAAGGACUGAACUGCAACAAUGAAGAAUGUCCCUGGCAGGCUUUGCUGCGUAACUCUGGAUCCCAGGGGUUUUGCAGUGGUGUUAUUAUUAAAGAGAAUCUGGUUCUGACCACUGCACAGUGUGUACGUAAACACAACGACUUCCAGGUUGCUGUAGGCAAGCGGUUGCCAUCCUAUGAAAGCGGGGAGCAGGUUCUCUAUGUGAAGCAGGUGCAUGUACAUCCACUUUUCAUGGAGGGUAAACCAGACAAUGACUUAGCUGUGGUGGAACUUCAGGGCAAGAUCGUAUUCAAGAAGACGGUGGUGCCAGCCUGUCUGCCUGAGAGAGAUUUCGCUGAAAGUGUGCUGAUGUCAGGUGACUACAUGGGUGUGGUGACUGGCUGGAAGGAUGCACCCGAGUUCCAGGGAAACCUGAGGCUAAAUCACCUGUCCUAUAACAAACUGCAGACCUGCAUGGAGCGCCACUCUGGCCAGAUUACCAACAAGAUGACUUGUACCAUGCCACGUCAAAAAGCAGACUGUGUCUUCGGCCCCGGCAGCCCGGUCCUCACCCUUUACAGAGAGGUCUUCUUUCUUACUGGUGUGGUCAGUCAGUUUCAGGGAAUGGACUGCACCAGUGGUUAUGUUCUUCAAAAGGUGUCUCGCUUUCUUCCCUGGAUUAAACCACUAAUGGACUCUCUAUAAAAAUAUAUAUAUCAAACUGUGCUGUCCUACAUUUAACAUAUUCAGCAGUGCAUGUUUUUUCUCUCCAGGUAUUUAGUCCAUAUAAAAAUCACAUGAUUGAUUUUUGUGUGUUGAGACUGUUUAAAAAUAUGAAUUGACCAAAAAUAAAACAUAAAUGUUAUGUUUAAAUUACUAUAAACAAUAUUAAUCUGUUGCAAAUAAAAGAUGACCCCUUACCCUAAGUGACCUCUUCCAAUACCACCGUUUCUAUGCUUUGCUUUUUGUGAUUUGUUUGUAAAGCUUUUGGUAUUAACCCUUGUCCUUCCUUAAUAACCAAUUGCUUGCAAGUUAAGAAUAAUGAACAAAGAGGAAGAUAUAUUGUGUUUGUCAUGUCAUCAUCUUACUGCACUUGCACUGUUUAUACUUUUUUCUUUCUAAAGCUAUUCUAUCAGAUUUAGGUUGUGACACAGGGGUCUUCACCUUUUUAUCUUUAAGCCAUUUACUGUGAUGGUGAGGGUUAUGUGUAAAAUACAGUGGGUAAAAAAUGCAUUGAAUUUAUUUAAUUAUCAAAGUGCAUUUAGACAGAAACUAAGGAUUUGUAACAUUGACAAGGAUUUGAGUGCAAUGAUUUUCCUAUGUCAGUAUUUGUUGUAUUACUUUUAUCAUAUUUAAACAUACUAAGAUGGACAGAUGUUUAUUGGAAGAUGUAGUAAUAAUGGUAUUAUGAUGUUGCAUUAAUAUUACACCCAUGGCUAAAAGUAACCAAUAAACCAUAAACUAGAACCAGA